AUAAUAUUUUUAGAAAAGAAAAUCGAAAAAAAUAGGCAUUUAGUCACGUGACAGUAAACGCCAAUCAGAGAAUGUUACGUCACGCCGUGUCAAACAUGGUUGUUGUUGACGUUUUCAUUGAAAAGGACGCGUUGACUACUUCACAUUUUAUUCGUUUAUAGCAUUAUUCUCAAGUUGAUAGUUAUCAUGGAACCAGGUUUUGUUAAAGCAGACAGUAAUAACUUGCCUAGAAUCGACGCAAUUAUGCUUGGCCGAUUUUUCGCGUCAAACAAUGACUUUUGCUCAUCGGAAUUUCGCAAUAUCAAAACUUCGAUGUCAUCACGAGCUUCUUACGGAGAUGACGCCGUAAGCUAUGUGCAGCUUAAGCGAGAAAACAAAUUUUGUACUGUAAAGUGCAAAAUAUGUCCAGAACACAAAGUUCAUGCCAAAUUAUAUGGAUGUACAUUGGUGGUUGAUGAAGAAGAUGACAUUAUUCUGUCUGUUCAGUGUCAAGACUGUGUAGCAUCACAGGGUGGCUGUAAGCACGCUAUAGCGUUCCUUAUGUGGGUUCAUCGUCGAAGUGAGGAACCAUCAUGCACUUCUGUGGAGUGCUAUUGGAAGAAAUCCAAACUGUCUCAAGUUGGUACUACAAUUAAAUAUAUGACAGCGAAGGAAUUGUCCAAAGGAAAUCCCAUAUUACCAGCAAAUCCAUCUGUAUUUAAUAAUUUUUUAGAAGAGGCAAGAAAGAGAAAAGUUGAGGACUGUCAACUUUUAAAAUACCAACCUACUUAUAGUGAAAGUGAAACAUCGGCUAUCUCAAUGCAUCAACUUACUUAUAAGUUUAAAGAAAGAUGCGUUGAAGAUUUUUUGAAGAAAGUUGAAAUAACAGCAUCUUUAAUCAAGAAAGUGGAAGAGGAAACAAGAGAACAGUCUAAUAGCGCUCUGUGGUUUGAACUGAGAUAUGGUCGAAUAACUGCUUCAAGAGCAUUUGAAGUAAGCCGAUGCAAAACAAGUGACGGCACACUCAUUUCCCUCAUACUAGGUGGUAAAAUUCCUGAUACUCCGGCCAUGAAACGUGGCCGUGUUCUAGAAAAUGAAGUAAGAAAAACAGUUGAGAGCAAAAUAAAAAAAAAAAGUUAGUAAGUGUGGCCUCUUGUUAAAUUCUAAGUACCCAAUGAUUGCUGGUUCACCAGACGGAAUUUUCGAAGAUGGGAUAGUUGAAAUUAAGUGUCCUAUUAGUAAAACAACAUAUAAAAAUUAUAUAAAAAAUGCACUGGCUACAGAAAAAUAUU